UGUGAAUUCGUGCUAAUCAGGAAUAUUAUAAACCAAAGAUUUUAGGAAGAUCCGUAGUGGUUUCCCAAUAAUAAACUUCUUUUCCAUAUUUUGCAGGUAGUAUUACUCUAGUUGAUACCAACUUAAUCCUAAUAGUUCUAAUGCAUGAGCCCUAAAGCCAGAUCAUUUGGAAGAAUAAUCAAUACUGCCACAAAGAUGACAUAUGCACACCGCCAACAAGUGAUUUUUACCCUUGAAGAUCUCAAACACAGCACCGAAUUUCCUGUUAGUGCCAGUGGAUCCGAGCUUGCACCAAAAAAUUAUCUGACAUCCUUUAGUCUCUGUACUGGUGAUGAAAUAUCAGUUCCUGUAUCCAAGAAUCACCUCAGCCUGCUUGAAGAAUUGGGAGAAAAAAUAGGAAUGAGCAAUUGGCAAAUUGAGUGCCGCAUUGGUGCAUCAGAGAUUAUCUUAUUCUCUCCUUCAGAUUCCUCUGCAUCUCUGCUGCAUGAACUAAUUGCUUUGUCUCUUAGAGACUUCCAAGAAUUCAGCCAAGGGAUAGAAUCUGUGGAAGCAAACCUGUCACAUCUUUCCCUUUAUAGGGCUGUUGAAGCCAAUGAUGAUGUUAAUUAUGAUGUCGAGCCGAAACGCUACACUUCUGUUGUAAACAACGCGAAAUGGACGGGAUCGUUUGGAACUCUUAUGUUACAAAUCCCUGUUAUGGGUGGAUUCCGCGGUGGCGAUUUCCGUCUAAAAAAUCGGAAACAGCAAAGCAAAUUAUUCAACACCUCUCGAAAUAGCCAUCACGCUUUUCAUGUGACUGCGUUUUAUGACGAUUGUCAAGCCUUGAUGGAACCUAUAACGAAAGGCUCUCGCAUUGAUUUCGUAUUUAACCUACGAUACAAAGAUCCAACCAUAGGGAUCGCCCUACCGUUGAGUGAAGAUUGUAGCAGCCCAUUGUAUCGUAUAUGGCAAUCACCUCAGAACGAUACUCAUGCCGGAGCCGUUGCACAAUUAUCGAAGAAUGAACAAAAAUUCAGAGAUCUGUUCAGUGAUUGGAAGAAAAUUGAUCACUGUCGAGUAGAGCUGUAUGCUGUGCCCUUGGAGCAUGAUUAUUGCAAACAAAAUUUAUCGUUUAACUCACUGAAAGGCAUUGACCGUUCCACGGUUAAUCUCAUUUUAUCCAUCCUUGGAGAUUUUGUCGAGGUUCACCUUGCGAUCGUCACGAAAUACAUAGGAUAUAAAGAAGACGAUUGGAUAACAUCCGGAAGAGAGCAUCUGAUCAGAAAAAACCAAGGAAAGAGUCCUAAAUAUUUCCGCGAAAACGAAUGGGUUGAACACUGGGCUGGAAACUGGGUGGAUCUUCAGAAUCGUCGCCUCGUAUUGCCACCGCUUUCGAUUGUCGUUCCCGAUGAGCUAUUAGGAUUUGAUGAAGCAGUUUUCCAUUCCGAUCCACCUCACCACGGCGGAAAAUUUGACGGACACACGUUUGAUCGAGCUGCCGUCAUUAUGUGGCCCAGGAAUCAAACCUUCUCUACCGCCAUCAGUUUUGGAUUAGAUCAAGCUUUGGAUGUUGUUGAGAACGCUUCAAAGGAAAGUGUUUCUUCCCUUAUCCUCACCGAAACGAAAAAAACUCAAAUGCUGUACUUGUUAGCCCUAUGCAAAAAGGAACCGAACAAGUCAUGGUUUGCGUCUUCGUCGGAGUGUAGCGAUCUGCGUUGCGAUAGAGCUAUCACAGUCCCUUUGCAAGUUGCAUUCAAGAGGGCCCUUCGCUUGAUUCAUCUUUGUUUGAUUUGGAACUUACCGGAAUGUGGUCUGGAGCUGCUCUGUCUUCUCUUUACUGGCUUUGACACAACAAAUUAUCGUUGUCACCAAUGUUCCAUGUCGAACGAAUCAACCGCCUUUGUAGGCGGUAUUUGUUCUAAGGAAGUGGCAGACAAACUAGCAGAAUUGGUUGUAAUGCUUGACACGUGGAGUUCUAGCAUUGUCAAUGAUUGCUUGAAGCCGUUGAUCAACGAAAAAACGUCAUUCGAUCUAAGCCAGACUGGACAUCUUGCAGAUUUCGCGGCUUGUCUCUUCCACCGCCAGUGCUUCGAAGCGGCAAUCUAUAUCAGUGAUCAGGUUUACAGAAUGCUGACCAACUUUUAUUUGAUUGAACUUACUGAAUCGCAAUCUACAGAUAGCGUUGUAGGUACUUGCAUCAAUAUGCUGGUUUUGAUUGAUGGUCUACCGUCAGAGUACAGCCGACUUACUCAACUUUUAUUUCAGCUGAAAUCUUUGAGCAUUCGCCAUCCAUCAAUUGUGAUCGGUUGGCUUCAGCAAACCGAUGUGACUUUGCUUAAGUCUCUACCUCCAUACUGGGAUUUCUACGUAGAUCUUGUAACUAAACUGGAAAGUCAGCUAAUGGAAUUUGAUGAUCCCGCCAACAAGUACACAUGUUCGUUUGAAGCUCUGGAAAAGGCUGCAGCUCAAUUGAUGGUAUCGUUCCUGAAACUGCAAGACACUCAGAAACUUAAGAUACUAAUAGACAGGAUUGUAAAUUCCAAAAAUCAAGCGGCAAGAAUUUUAUUGGCAGCGAUACUUUCGUCUAGCAACAUCUGGGCCGUUCCAAUAUCAGCAUCAAUGGAAGCCACGUUAAUCACCUUGAGCGCCGCACGGGUUCAACAGCUUGUUCGCUUCAAAUUCCCCAUGUUAAAGUGGGAACAACCUGAUGCAAUCCUUAAGGAACAUCCUGCAGUGGAGCUCUUCCUCCAUUCAACCAAAGAGUCAAUGACGUACAGCACAUUUACAAGCGAAGAAGAAGCUCAGGCAUUUACGUCCAAGUAUUUCGGAGGCCAGAAGACCGUAACAGGUUACAGUGCAAAGGUGUCGGACAUUCUACGUGGGUCAGAUGGCGUGAUUUCUGUGACAAUUUUGAAGACCCCGGAAAUCUACGAAUCGUCUUUAAAGCAAUUGGCAUCUUUGGAAGCUGCACUGUCGGGUCCAAGUUUGAUGACUUGUUCACCAAGUAGAAAAGAAAUAGGGAAUGCAGUAGAAGUAGGACUGGAAGCUUCACCUUCUGUUACGGAGUCGAUUAACGAGUCGUCUUCGGCUAAACGAUCAAUAGCUCGGGUUAGUAAGAAGAGUCCGGGGGCAUUGGCGCCUCCUGGAAAACGAUCGAAGCGAAUUUCAAUAAAAAAUCAAGUACAACAAACAGAACAAGAAAAAUCCUUGACGUUAUAAUGCUUUGAUUAACCGAUGGUUUGCUCCUGGUAUGACAGCCAUUUCGUUCUAAUGUUCCUUUGAAAUAACGUGGUUGCGUUCUUUGCUAUUGUUAUUGUUUGGGUUUGAUUGUUUUUGAUGUCCAACCAAGAAAUUUCAGGUUUUAAACAGCAUUUGAAAUAAUUUGAUCUGUUAUUGUCGUUAACUUAUUUUGGGAUUUGUCAUCUCAGCAAUUUUUGUUUUCUUCGAUAAC